CAUGCGAAUGGCCGUAAUAAAUGAUUUCUCCUUUCCCGACUCCUGUUUUUUCCUUCCUUCCCUUCGAAGUUCAAAGUCUUCCUUCCUCCACCAUCUCAUUUCCCCAUUCUCACACCCGCCAAACAGCAGAACCUAAAAAACCCCUUGUUUCUCCAUUAAUGGCAGAUCCUGUCUCACAUUCCAAGCCCCCUUCCCCACUCAAGGAGCUUGACAACUCAAAACCCAUCACCAGAACCAAUAAGUCAUCAUCUUUCACUAGUCACGUACUCUGCCUUGCUGUUUGUUGUGGCUUGUUUUGUCUUAGAAAUGUUGAAGAUUUUGACUCCGAACCACCUCCCCAGUACUCUGAUGAUUCACAAUCAUCUUAUGUGUCUAGGAUUUUUCACGUUUCUCCAAUUUCUUAUGAUGGGUCUGAAAAUUUGUCUGGGUUUGAUGACAAACAUGUAUACCAAAAUUGGAAUUCACAGUAUUAUAGUGGUGAGUCUAUGGUUAAUGCCACUGAUGGCCAUGAACUGAACAAAACUGAAUCGCAGUACUGUAGGGAUGAUGAGUCUACGGUUGAUGAUACUAACGGUAAUGAACAAAACAAGGGUGGAUCUUUAAAUGCUGAAAAUGGCUUUGAAAAUUCAUUUGAGAACGGUGAUAGCGAUGUGAUUCAAGCUCGAAAUUCUCAGUAUUUUCAGAAUGAAUCGAUGGUUGUAGGGUCUCAACCGAACUAUUCACUUGAUGAAUAUGGUAAUCUAGGACAAGUAAAUGGUUACAGGCCACUAGGGUUGCCAAUUAGGAGUUUAAAUUCGAGGAUUAGGGUUCUGGAUAGCUCUCUAUUUAGUAAUGAAAACGAGUCCGGUACAAGCUUCUCGGCCUCAGGCUCCACUGAUGGUUCUGGAAGGAGUGCAAACGAGAAUCAUUUUGGUGAUAUGCCUCCUAAGAACUUGGAGGAGAGUUUUAAUGAAACUGUAGCCUUACCUUCCGAAAUACCAUGGCAUCCGAGAUCUGAGAGGAAGGAAAUUAGAGAGAAAGUAGGUUCUUUUGCUGGAGAUUCUUCACAUCUCAGGCCUCUCUCAGUCGAUGAAACACAGUUCGAGUCUCUCAAAUCGCAGUCUUUCAGGUCCACAACAUCUUUGUCAUUUCAAAGGGGUCCAGGUCCACAACAUCUUUGUCCUUCACAUUUUAGAGCUCUCUCAGUUGAUGAAACUCAAAUCGAGUCGCAAUCUUUCAGGUCCACGACAUCUUUUUCAUCCCAAGGGAGCUCAGCCUCGUAUUCACCAACCACUCUCUCACCCUCACACUCUAUUUCUUCUGAAUUGCCAAAUUCUGAAACCGAAGAAUUAGGGAAAAACAAGAGUUAUAGUGCAUCUUAUCCUCCUGCUUCUCAAUCACUAGCAACCAGGAAGGCUGAUGCUCCACUGAAUGCAUUUCAUUUGAGGAGAUACAAUGGUGGGUCUUUGUUCCAAAAGGAUUCACGGAGAAGCUUAAAGGAUGAAUUGAAAGAUUUGAAAGCGAAAAGGAAUGAGCAUACAGUGGGUAGUGGAGAGACCGGGCAGGGUUCUUUGAGAUCAGAUCAGAAACCUGCAGUACCUGUUAAAACUUCAUCACUAAAGGGAAGAUUUAUUGGGACUAUUAGAGCUAGUGGAUAUGCUGCAGAGACAAUAAAAGCUAAGGAUGUAGGUAGAAAACACAUUGAUGAGAAAGUUGGAAAAAUUUGCGAUGAAGCUCAAACAGUAAACGUGGGAAAGAAUGAAAUGAAAAGAGGACCUGAUAGUAUGUUACUUGGCUCUGAUAAAAAGAACUCGGAUACUCAUCAUCAUAUGCCAAAGCCAACCCUUUCAAAGCAUAUGAAGAAGGAAAAGGAAGUAUUUUCAGAGAGUCUUACCGUGGAGUCCACAAAAGACUCAGAAAGUGGGACUGAUAAUUCUCGAGUGAGUUCAGAUGAACAUUCUGCGCCUGCCACUAACAUUGAUGCAGGAGAUUACUCCAGCGAGGUUGAUAAGAAAGCUGGUGAAUUCAUAGCCAAGUUCAGGGAGCAGAUUAGGCUUCAGAAAGUUGCGUCUAUUCAGAGAUCAAAGGGAAAGCGCUUGAAUGGUACUUAUGUUAGGUGAAAGAUAAGCCUGUACUGCUCCUAGAUAGCUAUACUGCUCCUAGAUAGCUAGGAACAUGGAGACGAAGUUGAUUAUUAUUCUUCUUUUUUUUUACUUGUUCAAUCUUCAGUCAUCUAUUUUAGAUUGUAUCUAAACCUGCUAUUGUAGAUACUACAUCCAGUUCUCGUGGAAGUGUGAAGUAUGAGUAUCCACCAACUUCGUCGCAUAAUUAAAGAUUUUUUAUCUUUCAUAGAA